UUUUUAUAAGAAUUAUGGUCUCUUUAUGAAAAAAAUCUGUCAAAAAUACAAAGAAAAACAUUAAAAUCUAUUUAAAAUCUAUUUAUAAACUAUUUUUAAUUCAAAUAUUUGAAAAAUACUUAAAUUACUUAAAAUUUAUUUAUGACUAAUCCAAGACAGCAUAAAAAAAGAAAGAAAAUCAAAUUAAAAAAAAGAAAAAAGACCUCAAAUAAAAGUUCAUCAGUUUCUAUCUGUCUUGGACCUAUUUUAUCGGAAAAGUGGAAAAAAGAAAAGACACUAGAGCAAAACUAUAGAGAAUUAGGCAUUGUUUUAAAACAAAAUAAAGAAAAAGAAAGUCCUAGAAAAGCAGAAGAAUCCAAUGGAUUUUUUUCUAAUAAAAAGAAUUUAUUAAAAUUAAAACCUAAUGAAGCACAAAUUUUGAGAGACGAUCAAGGAAAUAUUAUUAAAGUUAUUUAUGAAAAACAAUAUGACUUUGACGAUGAGUUAAACGAGAUAGCCAUGGAAAAUACAAAAGCUAAAACACAAGUUAUUGAAGAAUUAAAAAAUAAAAUAAAAAACAAUAUUAAAUUUAACCGAAGACCCUCUCAAAAUGAAAUAAACUUUCUAAACAGACUUAUUGAACUUUAUGGAGAUAAUGUAGAUGCUAUGGCUAAAGAUAUUAAAUUAAAUCCUAUGCAACAAACCGCAGCUGAUCUUCGAAGACGUAUUAGCAAAUUAAAACAGUAGUAAUGGUAUUCAUUUUUAUUCAAAUUUCUAAAAACGCUCGAUAUAUUAUCCAUUCUUGACUUUUACCAAUCAUUUCUGUUUCAACAAAUGCUCCAACAAAAUAUACAAAUCCAAGAUUCAUUUUAUAUAUAUUUCCAUUUACUUUCACUUCACCUUCACCUUGUAUACAAAUCAUAAUACUUGGUCCUUUUAAUCCUUCUAUCCAAUGUUUUUGAUCCUUUUUUAUAAAAAUCUUCAUAACCUCAAAUUCAUCAAUCGGAGGCUUAAAUAGACGUACAUCUCCUUCGCCUUUGGAUCUUUCAAAUACUUUUCCUUCCAUUUUUUUUACUGAUUCUAAUCCAUAUUUAUAACUCAGCAUUGAUAUUAACGUAUUCACAUCCUUAUAUUUAGGUGUAAAUCCCACCCUAACAACAUUGUCACUUGAUGCCAUACAUUCAACAAUUUCUAUUUUUUCUUAACUUGUAUAUUUUUUCUCUUUAUCUUUUCAUACCUCCUGAUAAAUAUGCAUGAGGUGUAUUAGCUUCAAGAAAAAGACCUUCACCUGGUUUUAAUUGAAUAUGGUUUAAUAAAAACACGCAAAAUAGUCCAAUAUCCGACGGAAAUUGCUCAUUUAAUCGAAGAAUCAAAUCUCCCCAUUCCGUUUUCUUAUUUUUUAAUAUAAAUUGAAUCAAUUUUUUAGCACAAAUUUCAACAUGAGUUCUAGGUUGUUGAAUAAAUGUUUUAAAAAGCUUAGAUAAUAUUAAUCGAUUUGAUUCCAUAUUUUGUCCUAUCUUAACAUGUUUUAUAAAAUCAAAUGUUACUUCAUCACCAACUAAUUCAUUAAAAGCUUUAACAGAUUCAAGAAAUUCACAAAUUUCUUCCAAAGGACGAAAACCACAAAGUGCUUCAAAUGGUGUUAUUGCAAUUGCCAUCUCAGGCUUAUGAUUUGCAUCUAUAAAUAAAUAAUACCAUCUAUAAAAACUUAUAAAUGUACCUGGAUAAUUUUUAGGAUCUUUAUUAUGCAAAAUUUGUGCUAACAUUUUAUCUGGAUGUGCUUGAAUAGAUAAAGCUUUAUUAAUGGAAAGAAUUUUAAAUAAAAAAGGAAGCGUAGGUCCAUAAGCAUCAAUAAUAGAUUUAGUUAAAAGCACCUGAUUCAUUUCAAGAUGAUUUUGAAGAAAUUGUCUAGAAUAUUGGACAAUAGAUGGAGCAGAAGGAUGAACUCCCAUCCAAAGCUAAUAAAAAAAACAAAAAUUAAAUAAAUUAAAAGCAUUUUUCUAAAAAAAACCUCUGCAUAUGGUUCAUCACAAUGUAAUGUCACUUCUGGCUGUGCAGAUGCAAGGAAUCGAGCAAUACAUGAACUAAAUCCAAUUUGACCUUGAUAAAUCAAGUUUAUAUCAAAAAUAAAAGGGUUCAUACC